CUGGUAGGGUCCACUGUCAUGAAGGGGAAACUAGGCCAGGUAGGGGCAUGAAGGGGCUACUGUCAUGCACCAGGCAUUGCUAUCGAGGAAGCCUUUGUGAUAGCGUGUUGUGUUUGCUCAUCGGCCCAAGCGUCAGCUUUGGAGCUUUGGAGAUGGAUGGGGUGGAAUGAGCGCCAUUGGUAGAGUGUGGGUGAAUGCUACAGUACUCCAAGUUUGACAAUAUCGAUACCGAUACCGAAACCGAUGCAGACUCUCCAAACUCGGGAGCCCCACGGACAGAAGAAGGACUCUUCCAAGCCUUUCUAAUCUUGCAUCAGCGAAGAGAGCAACUGGAUAAGAAGAUUCUUGGUCAGUUGCCUGCGCUGUCAGCUGCACUGCAAUUUCGUCCACGGCCACAGUUGCGCCUGAUCUUGGAGGCGGCAGUUGAUGAAUACGAUGACAUUUGCCAGAGGGUUUUGGCUCUCGAUGGAGUUCGGCAAGAAUCUGCUUUGCGUUCAGUCGGGCACCGCCAUGAAAUCUCUGUUUGUCGACUUACAGCUGCAAGGGCUUUACAAGCUAUGGGGUGUUCAGAGGAGGCUGAGGGGCAAAGCACUCAGGCAAUCAUAGCUGCCAGCGUCCCUUCGAAGAACGCUCCGGCCUUCGGCGGUUUGAGUUCUGCGAUCAGCAUGCUCUACCAAACACGGGUUGAUGCACUUCUCGUGCGCUCCAUGACGCGCUUGAGUCGUGGCGAUUUCAAUGCUGCUCAUCGGGAUGCCUUGGAUGCCCAUUCAGAUUCAAGGUCCUUGUACUUGCCACAAAUGGAAACAACUGCUCUUGAAAUGGCAAUGCGGUGCGAAAUGGCCUUGCAUGCUGGGGGUCCAGGUGAAGAUGGGAAAGGCACUCAACUCUCUCCAGAAGACGCGUGCAACAUUGAUUUCAGAGACAAAGAGUCCUGGUCACUUUUGCAGAAGGAAGCAAGAUGUGCAGCAGGUGAAACUUCGGGUUUGACAAACCUUCAUUCUAUGGACUGAAGGUUCUGUACAAGUGUGAAAUAGGUGGUCAAAGGUGCUACCCAUCAGCCAAAAGAUUCUGUCACGUGCCUCAUGUUGGCAACAGAGUGCGGACUUCUCUACUUCAUUAACGUGUUUGGUGCGUUUUCUCACCACACCGCCUGCCUGUUGUUUUCCGUAUUUGAAACAAGGCCUGCAUUUCAAGGAGGCACAAGAACAUUCAGGGGAGAAAAAAGUCUGGAUUCAGCUUGGGUGAAGAGCAGCGAGUCGGCAAGUCUGGAAAAGGCGGCCAGGUUGCAAAGCCACCUAGGAGUUGGCAAGGCUGCGGCUGUGGAGGCCCUUCCUCUCCGAAGCGGUUCACCUGAGUGGUCAAGAAGCCGGCUUGCAG